AUGGAAAACGAAGACGACAAACUCAGCGCGGAGUACUCCUGCUCCCUACAUUCAAAAAAUCGAGAAACAGCUGGAGAUGAAUUCGAUGCAAAAGUGGAGCAAAUUUAUAAAGAUUUGAAGGAUUCUUCAAUUGAACGAAAAGAAGAUAUUUCGUAUAAACCGAAUGGAGAACUCACUCAAAUUGACAUUUGGGGACCGGAGAACGCGCAGAAGGUGUUCAUCAUGAUCCACGGAGGAUACUGGAUGGUGGUUGUUGGUGUUGCACAAAGCCUCGGGUAUACUGUAGUGAGUAUUGGAUAUGACUAUGCCAACAAGAACCAUACAUUGAGGCAGACCAUACAAGAAGCAAUCGAUGGAGUUCGGUUCGCUUUGGAUAGAUUCGAAAACGCAAAGAAGGUGGUGAUUGGUGGUCAUUCUGUUGGAGCCCAUUUAGCGUUCCAAGCCGUCACCCGUAUACAAGAUCUACGAAUCAGUGGUGCUUUCUUGAGUGCCGGAAUUUAUAAACUCCACGAACUGGUUAACACGAAGUAUGGUCGUGAUUUGGCAUUGACUCCGGAAGAAGCUGAUUUAUGUAGUUGUGAUUAUGACCUUCUUAAAACUGUCAAAUUCCCUAUUCUUAUUGCUAACUGCAAAUUGGAAUCGCCAAAGCUAUUCCAGCAAAAUGUGGAGUUCUCUCAACUGGUAAAAAACGCUCAAUACAAGGAAUAUGCCGGAGAGGAUCACUUCUCUAUUUUGACAGAGCUCACGAACGAGAACAGCGUGGUGCACAACGACUUUUACAAAUUUCUUCAUUCUAUUUGA